AAUAAAAAGGAUUUAUUAGACAUAAUAAUCCGACGAUGAUAACGAAGAAAGAGUCGGAAGCGACUGCGACUGCGACUGACUGACCUGACCUUACCGACAGCGUGUUUCAUUUCAGGAAUCACACCUUCCACUUCCACUACACCCCAAAACCACCGCACCCGGACCUCCGGCACCGGCGUCCGCGGCGGAGUACCUACUCACCUCCGACGAAUAAUGAGAUACUGCACGAUUCAAUUUCAAUCAUCCUCUUCCACCUCAUUCCAUCAGUAUGGGUAAUUGCGGCACUCGCGAAGAAUCCGCCGUCGUUUCCGAUGCUCAUCAUCAAGUUAAGCAGAUGCAGGUGGUAUCUGGUAAGAAUCAGGGUUUGGAUAGGAAGCAUAGUCGGUCAGUUUCAGAUCUGAGUGAUCCGUCAACGCCUCGAAACAAUUUGAAUGUAAUUGAGGAUUUGAGGAAUAACUCUUUGUUGUAUACUCAUGUGAUUGCCUUCACCUUGUUUGAGCUUGAAACUAUUACCAAGAGCUUUCGGUCGGAUUAUAUUCUCGGUGAAGGGGGUUUCGGGACGGUUUAUAAAGGUUAUAUUGAUGAGAAUGUUAGGGUAGGGCUUAAGUCUCUGCCGGUUGCGGUUAAGGUUCUUAAUAAGGAGGGACUUCAAGGUCAUAGAGAAUGGCUUACGGAAGUUAAUUUUCUUGGUCAGCUCAGGCAUCCGAAUUUGGUGAAACUGAUUGGAUAUUGUUGUGAAGAUGAUCAUAGAUUGCUUGUUUAUGAGUUUAUGUUUCGUGGAAGCCUUGAAAAUCAUCUCUUUCGAAAAACAAGUGCACCAUUAUCAUGGUCAACAAGAAUGAUGAUUGCUCUUGGGGCAGCAAAAGGCCUCGCCUUUCUUCAUAAUGCCGAAAGACCUGUAAUAUACAGGGACUUCAAAACUUCCAACAUUUUGUUGGACUCCGAUUAUACAACUAAGUUAUCUGAUUUCGGUCUUGCAAAAGCUGGCCCACAAGGGGACGAGACCCAUGUAUCGACGCGGGUUAUGGGUACUUACGGUUAUGCUGCUCCUGAAUAUGUUAUGACUGGACACCUCACAGCAAGGAGUGAUGUAUACAGCUUUGGAGUUGUUCUUCUUGAGUUACUAACAGGAAAGAAAUCCGUAGACAAAACACGACCAAGCAAAGAACAGAGCUUAGUGGACUGGGCCCGGCCCAAACUAAACGACAAAAGGAAAUCACUUCAAAUCAUUGACCCGAGACUAGAAAGUCAAUACUCGGUCCGAGGAGCUCAAAAGGCUUGCAGCUUAGCAUACUACUGUUUAAGCCAGAAUCCAAAAGCAAGACCGUUAAUGAGCGAUGUGGUCGAGACCUUAGAGCCUUUACAAACCAGCAGCAGUUGUGCAAACGAAGUGUCGUUAUCGUCUUCGUUAAUGAGUGUGGGCCGUCCUCUAGUCACAGGUAAUCCCGCUUAUCAGAUGCAUCACAAGUUUGUUCAAAAUGUUGGGGCGGGUGCCGGAUGUCGAUCCGCAAACCCGAACUGUUCUCCUGGACCCGUGACGGCUUGUCGAGUCAGAUGAGAAAAAUAAAAAAUGUGAAAUAUUGUUGUAUUAUGGAAGUAGUUUGUAAAUUUUCUUUCAAGUGUGUGUUUGUAACAUGUUGAUGGUAUGAUGAUGUAAUGUAGGUCAUGUUUUGAGAGUUGUGUGUUUGUUUCUAAAUGGCUUUGAAGUUAUUGUGUGAAAAAAAGCUUAGUGUAUUUUAUCUUUUGUUUUAUUUUGUUCUAAAGUAACGUAAAUCGAAAGCUUAUUGAAUACU